AGAAGUUGUGAUUUCAUUAGUUCAACUUCCGGGUGAAAAUAUUGUGCAUGAAGGAAAAUCUGCUUGCAAUCUCAUUUGGACGAACUUCUCGGCCAAACUAACCUUGUAAAAUGUCUCGAGGCUCGAGUGCAGGGUUUGAUCGACACAUCACCAUCUUCUCCCCCGAAGGAAGGCUCUACCAAGUCGAAUAUGCUUUCAAGGCCAUUAACCAAGGUGGACUUACGUCAGUAGCAGUCAGGGGGAAGGACUGUGCAGUGGUUGUCACACAGAAAAAAGUACCGGACAAGCUUCUGGAUGCCGCCACAGUGACCCAUCUUUUCAGAAUAACAGAUAAUAUUGGAUGUGUAAUGUCUGGGAUGACAGCUGACAGCAGGUCCCAAGUUCAGCGAGCUCGUUAUGAGGCGGCCAACUGGCAGUACAAGUACGGAUAUGAGAUCCCAGUGGACAUGCUGUGUAAGAGAAUGGCCGACAUCUCACAAGUCUACACGCAGAACGCCGAGAUGAGACCACUUGGCUGCUGUAUGAUCGUGAUCGGCAUAGACGAGGAGCACGGCCCCCAGGUGUAUAAAUGCGACCCUGCAGGAUACUACUGUGGCUUCAAGGCCACUGCUGCAGGAGUGAAGCAAACAGAAGCCACCAGCUUCCUGGAGAAGAAAGUGAAAAAGAAACUGGACUGGACCUUUGAACAAACUAUUGAGACGGCAAUCUCUUGUCUGUCAACCGUUCUCUCUAUCGACUUCAAGCCCUCUGAGCUGGAGGUGGGCGUAGUCACAACACAGGGGCCAAAGUUCAGGAUCCUGACAGAGACUGAAGUGGACGUCCACCUGAUGGCCCUGGCAGAGCGAGACUGAGCGAGCAGAGACCCGUCACCUAUCGGACAAAGUUAGAGCAUGAUGGGAUAUGAAGUUUCCAGAGCGAGACUGGUGUUAUCUUUGUUUGCUGUACAUUUACCCCACUGUUUCAUUCAACAAUAAAAAAAAGUUUUUGGAGUAAAAUAA